ACAGUCUGUCUCCCCGCAGCAGAAUGAACUCCAGGGUCCCAGCUACUCAGAGCUGGUUCAGUGGCCCCCCACCUACCACUGAGCCUGACUUGGAACCUGCCACUGAAGGGUCUACCACAGAGACCGCUACCCUCAGCCCAGAAACCACAAGCUUCAAUGGCACCAGAAUCCCUGAUAUGGCAGGGGGUGCGGCUGGUGUGGGCACCAUGCUUCUGUCUUUUGGGAUCAUCACAGUGAUUGGCUUGGCUGUGGCCAUGGUUUUAUACAUCAGGAAGAAGAAGAGGCUGGAGAAGCUACGCCACCAGCUCAUGCCUAUGUACAACUUUGACCCCACGGAGGAGCAAGAUGAACUGGAGCAGGAGCUACUGGAACAUGGGCGAGAUGCAGCCUCCAUGCAGGCUGCUGCCUCCCUGCAGGCCACACAGGGCAAGAGCACUCUCCCUUCCCAAGGCCCACUGCAGAGGCCUAGCAGGCUGGUGUUUACUGAUGUAGCCAAUGCCAUCCACGCGUGAGUGGCCUGAGAACAGGCCUGGACCUCUGACAAAGACACCUGCCACAGUGCCAGCAGCGCUGCCCACUUCCUGGCUGUCAAGACCUCCUCUCAGGACCCGAGCCACUGCUACCCACAAGACAGGAAAGGGCUGAAACAGACCCCAGCCGUGCUGAGGCCCCACCUACCGACUCUCAGGCUUGAAGAGAGACCUCUGGCUAGGCUCGCCAUCUGGCCACUGACUUCUCCUGAACCGAUGGCCCUGGCACAGAAGGCAGCCCUCAUGCAGGAAGACAAAGAGCCACUGCUGGCUUCCUGGUCUCCUGGCCAAAAACCCUCACAUCAAGGUCUGCUUCUCUGAUGGGGAGAAGGGGCACAAGCUUGAACGGCGAGGGAGAAAACAGGAAGGCUCUCCUCUAUCUAGGAUUGCUUUUUUUUAAUUUUUUUAAAGCCUGGAACCUCCUCUUGGGUAGAGAGAUACAAACCAACCCCCAGAUGACAGGAACAUUGCAGGGCAACACCGUUUGGGAAGGUUUAUUUGGUCGUUUGUUUUUUUUUGAGACAGGGUCUUGGCUGGCCUGGAACUUUCUGUUCCUCCAACUCAGAGAUCCACCUGCCUCUGCCUCCCGAGUGCUGGGAUGAAAGGUGUGGGCCACCACAUCCAGCAAGAGCAACACCAUUUAUAGGCCCAGGAGGCCCAGAGACAGAGCUGGGAAUGCCCAGUGGAUGCCAGGGAAAGGGCUACACAACCCCAGGAGCUGUUCAUAGUUAAGAUAGUACGGGGAGUGGGUAAGCAUGAAGUCUCCCAGCCACACACACUGGCAGCCAAGGUGGCUGAGGGAAAGGAAGUUGGGAGACAGGGUAUGCAAAGGUGCAACUCCCCCAGGCGUGGAGAAAGGCUUCAUGAAUGUUCAUGAGUGGACUGCACACAGACAUGUACCUGUUCCAGCACAGGAGUAAGACAGAGGCCUUGUGUUCCGGCUCCACCUUGCAAGCCGGCUCCCAGCCUGUGGAAUGAAGGGGAGUUGCCACCAUACGCUGCGUCCCUUCCUUCAGUGCUCGGGGCUACAUGGAAAAGGGACAAUGCUGAGUUCCUCUGUCCGCUGUUUCUUCAGUGGGCUCAAAAAGCUGGUCUGAUCUGCUUAAGGAAAUGGCUCUCUUCCAGCAUGGGGUUCUGGGAGAAGCCUUUGGUCUAAGGGCAGUCACAGGCCAGAAGCUAGCAGGAAAAGUUACUGUUGCCUGGAAGAAAUCACCCUUAGAGGAAAAGACCUAAGAAACCCAGUCUGGUUUUAGUUUUUCCCUUCCAUCCUAUAUGCAGGAAGGGCCACUCAGUGUUCAUGGAAUGUGGAAGGAGACUCUGCCAUUGGUCUCGCUCUACAUCUUAGAGGUGUGACACUGGUACCAGGAGCCUCUGGGCAGAGGAGAUCGCAGUUUUCUCCACUGGGACGCACACAGGAGCAUGCACAGAGACGUGUCCCCCAUUUCACCAGCAUCGCUGUCCUCUGCUGGCUAGAGGGGAUGCGGGGGUGGCACAUAUGCCGUUGGGCAGAUACCAUAUGUCAGGAGGUGAGAGGCUAGGAGGAUCCCAUGGGGAUGGUUCUGGUUUUAUCCCUGCCUCUAGAUGCUAUAAAUAUGUUAGCGCUUGAGCAACUGGAGGGCUGUGAGUAAUUUAGGAUGCACAGAGCUGUAAUUUAACUCACAGCAUCUCCACGUGUGAGAGCAUUAAAGAUGUAAUUAAGAUGUUUACACAAAGAGAAUGGAGUCUGUGACACUUGGGGUGCAAAACACCAGGAGGGGACACAGUGGGGUGAGGUGAGGAUCUGUGGGAGGCCUGGGGACAGUCACGAGGACCCCAGCUACGAGAUGGCAGGCAGCCCAGCUGCUUUUCUUGAUCUAUACAUGGAAAUGCUUUGGACUGCAAUUCAGGGUUGCUCUGGGGCCUUGCACUUCGACUCGG